AUGACCCAAUGGGAUGUGCUGAGAACGAAUGCAGCAGCAAACCAAGUAAGACAGAAUGACCCGGUAGUAUCCCCCUCCCCUAUGGAACAAGUACUGGCCAAAAGACUGGCCGACGUUGAGGCAGUGAUGAGACGCAUUCCAGGUAUGCCGGUCCCAACCAAGAAGAACAGACCCUACAGUUAUGCUGAUUCACCCUUUGUGGAUGAGAUCGCCCUGGCCGACAUACCCCAGAAAUUCACCAUCCCCAACAUGAAACCAUACGAUGGUACCACCGACCCGGAUGACCACAUAGCCUCAUACAAGCAGCGGAUGUUUACAGUCUCAAUACCCCGACCGCUUAGGGAAGUCUGCAUGUGCAAGAGUUUCGGUUCUAGUCUAUCUGGACCGACACUCCAAUGGUACACGAACCUCCCAAACGGAUCCAUCGACUCAUUUGCCCAGCUUACUAACACCUUCGUGGAACAAUUCGCCAGCAGCAAGAAACUAGAGAAACUAUCAGUCGACCUAUACCGAAUAUACCAGAGAAGGGGAGAGCCAUUGAGAGAAUAUGUCAGCAGAUUCAAUAGAGAAAAGAUCUCUAUCCCCUCAUGUAACCCUAAGACUGCUGUGGACGCUUUCAGGAAAGGCCUCCUCCCAGACGGAGAACUGUACAAAGAACUUACGAAGCUGGGUUGCAUCACAAUGGAAGAUGCUCUGGCCCAGGUGGUUAUCCAAAUAAGAUGGGAGGAAGAUGAGAUGAACCGAGCUGCCCAUUCUAGAUACGAAUCAAGGCAGAGCGAUAAGAAGCCAGAGCCUAGACUGGUAGAGCGCCGCUACCAACCUCCAGCACGCAAUAUGGGCAGAGUCAGAAAGCCUUAUGAUCGCCAACCUACGAGAAAUGAUAACAGGCAGUUCGGAUCGAACCAAUGCAAAAUACUAGAGUACAACCUCAAUGUCGAACCAACCCAGGUCGUAGCAAUAAUGAAAGGACUGGGAUCCACCGUCAAGUGGCCUGGCAAGCUCAAUCCCGAGGCAAAGAGAGACACAACCAAGUGGUGUGAGUUCCACAGCGACCAUGGGCAUAACACCGGAGACUGUAUUGCCUUGCGGCUCGAGGUUGCCGCACUUCUAAAAAGGGGACAUCUCCGUGAUCUGCUUACUGACAAGGGGAAGAACACCAUUAGCCAGAAAAGCUCCAAAGAACCGUCACCCCCUCCGCGGGAACCCACACCGAAAGGUUUCUGUUCGCUUAUCUCUGGAGGAUCAAAGAUCAGUGGAGUAAGUUACUCAUCAGCCAAGCGAUAUGCUAAAGCCAGCCACCACCAUGAAGUACAGUCCAUCCAUCCAUCCGGUCUCGCGAUCACACUCUUAUCAGGUAAUUCAGUUUGA